CAUUUGAACCAUUUGAACCAUUUAGUCUUUGCCUAAUUAUUGGCGCACAUUCCGGUCUGAACGUAACUUCUGGUUUAAAUUACAAAUAUUGAAGCAAUCUUGACUGUUUGGAAUCACUUUUAUCUCGGUUACGUUUUCAGAUAACAGGAAAAAAAUUGCCAAAAUUUAUUGACAGUUAAUUUACUUACUAAUGCAAAUUGCUGAAAAACGUCAGUUAGAAAAUGUUAACACUUUGUAUACUGCAAUUCAUAAACUCAAACAAAAAAUUCAGGAUUUAGUCAUCAAAGCGGAAACUCAAGGUGACCAAUGCGACUGGCCAAGAUAUCUUAGUACACUAGCGUUAUGUGCAUCGGAACUAAGUGAAAUUCGUAAAAUACUCGAAUCCGAUAGAUUUUCAAAUGAACAUACCCUGGUGCUUACACCAAUGUUGUUAAAUCCGGAGCAAGAUACUAAUUUAGCUAAAAUUACAGAAGAACGUCUUUCACUAUUCAAUCAUGAUACUGUACCUCAAUAUCUUCGAACUAAAUUAGAUCCAAAGGUUGAAAGUGAAUGUGCUAGUCAAUCCACACGAGCUGCUGGUAUACCGUCGGAGCAGGUGAAUAAAUUAAUCAAUUUAUCAAAUCGUGCGAUUGAUUGUAGCCUAAAAGAAGUCAAUUUAUUGAAACAAGAUUUAGAGGCUGAUUUUUCUGAUCGACAAAAUAAAAUCUCAUCAAAUUUAGAUGACUUAACUACCCUUAUAAAUAUCAUUUCUCAUAAAAAAGGUCCAAACACUUCUAAUUUAUAAUCGCCUUAAUCAUUAUAUUUUUGCUUUACCACAUACACUUUCAACAUCUUUUUGGGAACGUAACUCACCAGUGGUGAUCAAUGAUUCUAAGGAAGACAUAAUAAUUGCCUUUCCAUUUUCCUCGGUCGAAAAUAUCGCGAUCAUAAUCUAACAAAUAUAUUGUUGAUUUUUCA